AUGCAAAAGAUGGCGCCUCUCAUUGACGAUGCCGACUACGAUGCAGGCGAGAUGUCUGGGAAUGAACCAAGCCAAUGGUCCGAUGCUGGAAAUCAUCAUUCAUACUGUAGCAGAGCACCUUUGAAUUCCUUUGCCCUUCUUGUGCUUCGAGCAUCUGGAUCUGCUUUUCCCCUUUAUUGCGUAGAUCCUCUACAGAAUCAUUGUUCAUCUGCUCUCUUGUAUCCAGACACUUACCUGCCAUCACAAGCUGCUAGCUAA